AAGAAAGAAAAGAAAGGAGGAGGGAGAGAUCAGGGCAUAGUGAAAAAGAAAAAUGGCAACAAUUGCUGUUCCUCGAGUUGUCCCUUCUCCUGCUGAAGAUGCCGCGGCUCUCUUGAAGGCGUUCCAGGGAUGGGGCACCGACGAGCAGGCGGUGAUAGGCAUCCUAGCCCACCGCGACGCGACGCAGAGGGAGCAGAUCGCGCUGGAAUACGAGCACAAGUACGGCGAGAGCCUAGUCCAGCGCCUCCAGUCCGAGCUCACCGGCGAUUUUGAGAGAGCAGUGUACCACUGGAUGCUGGGCCCCGCCGAGAGGCAGGCGGUGAUGGCGAACGCCGCGACGGAGUGCCUCCAGGAGGAGUGCGCGGUGAUCGUGGAGAUCGCGUGCGCCAACUCGUCCGCCGAGCUCGUGGCCGUCAAGAAGGCCUACCAUGCCCUGUACAGGCGCUCCCUGGAGGAAGACGUCGCCGCUCGUGCCACGGCCGGCAACCUUCGCAGCCUCCUGCUCGCCCUGGUGAGCACGUACAGGUACGACGGCGCCGACAGCGUGGACAUGGAGCUAGCGCGGUCGGAGGCGAAGGCCGUGCACGAGGCCGUGAGGGACGGCGGCGGCGCGGGGGGCCACGAGGAGCUCAUCCGGGUCGUGGGCACCCGGAGCAAGGCGCAGCUCAGGGCCACGUUCGGCUGCUUCAAGGACGAGCACCGCCGCAGCGUCGCCAAGGCGCUGCCGCGCGGCACCGACCCCACGGGGUACCUGCGCGCGCUGCGGGCGGCGGUGAGGUGCGUCGCAGAUCCCAGCAAGUACUUCGCCAAGGUGCUGAGGAGCGCGACGCGCGAGUCCGCAGGGACCGACGAGGAUAGCCUGGCCAGGGUGGUGCUGCUGCACGCGGAGAAGGACGACAUGGGGGCCAUCUGCGCCGCGUUCCUCAAGAGGGCCUCCUGCACCUUGGAACAGGCCGUCGCCAAGGAAACCUCGGGCGACUACAGGAGCUUCCUGCUGGCUCUUCUUGGGAGCUAAACAAACAAUACACACACGUACACACAUAUUACUCCUACUAUAUAAUAAGCUAGCUCUUGUCAUUUCAUCUUGCACCGACUGCAUGUAAUAAGCUCUUGUCGGGAUCUAGCCUACAGUGACUUUUUUAAUAAUGGGAAAAGACAUGUCAUUGUUGAGUGUAAACCAUGCUGCAUUGGUACAUCAAAGAAAGUCACCGUCUGCUUUUGGUCGUCAUUCCGCUGCAACAGAACCCAAAGUCCAAACCAAUAACGCGUCUCUCUGAAUAGUACAGGUAAACAAGAUUUUUUUUUUGCUUAAUUACAUCUGUCAAAAACUUAAUUCGUUCUGACUGAUCAAGUGAUCAUAUUGCUCAACACGGAGCUCUCUGAAUAGUUUAAUGCUGGACCCCGUCUGCAUACCUCGCCCAUUUGGACAAACCAAACACAUCAGUUGGUGCCCUGGUGGUAUAAUGUUAAAAGUGAAUUGAAAUGCAUGCCAAAUAAACUUACUAGCAUAGUUCCAAUAAAAAAAUAUUGUAUGGUUUAUGUGAACAUAAAAACCGUACUUCCUCCAGUCCAAAAUUUUUACCUUUAAACAUAGGUUCCAUAUUAGAACUAGUAAUCUCCUAUUUCCUUUCUAUCAUUCCCCGGCGACUCAAAUGAAUUACAACAUUUGUCAUAUAUAUAAUAUAAUUGAAGAGCAACAGGUUCGUUCGAUUGAAAUUCUUAAUUGUGGCGCAUUGUUCAAAUGAUAUGCGUUUUAAGAUGACAUGACAAAAAAGAGAACAUUUUGUGGCACACGCUUUUACCUAGCCCACUGUUUUGUUUGUCGCAAGAUACAAUUUGCUUCUCAAAGUUCGAAAUCGUUUAUUUUGUUAAUCACAUCAUAUUACACACGGGAAGAAAAACUAAUAUCACUGUAGGACGGACGGAUUGUAUCUAAAUUGCA